AUGGAGUCGUCACGGGGCCCGCCACGGGUCAAAAACAAGGCUCCAGCGCCGCAACAAAUUUCAGCAGAACAGCUUCUCCGUGAAGCUGUGGAUCGCCAGGAACCGGGUUUGCAAGCUCCGACGCAGCGAUUUGCUGAUCUUGAAGAACUCCAUGAAUAUCAGGGCAGGAAAAGGAAGGAAUUCGAGGAUUAUGUACGGAGAAAUAGGAUUAACAUGAACAACUGGAUGCGCUAUGCGCAAUGGGAAUUGGAACAAAAGGAAUUUCGUCGGGCGCGAUCGAUAUUCGAACGCGCAUUAGAUGUGGAUUCCACAUCUGUGGUGCUAUGGAUUCGGUAUAUCGAAGCGGAGAUGAAAUCGCGAAAUAUCAAUCAUGCAAGAAACCUCCUUGAUCGGGCUGUGACUAUUCUUCCCCGAGUGGAUAAGCUCUGGUACAAAUAUGUAUACAUGGAAGAAAUGCUGGGAAAUAUUGCAGGUGCCCGGCAAGUAUGUGAAAGAUGGAUGUCGUGGGAACCUGAUGAAGGGGCCUGGAGUGCAUAUAUAAAACUCGAAAAGCGCUACAAUGAAUUCGAUAGAGCGCGGGCUGUUUUUGAGCGCUUCACCACUGUGCACCCUGAGCCCAGGAACUGGAUCAAAUGGGUCCGUUUUGAAGAAGAAAAUGGCACAAGCGAGCUUGUGAGGGAGGUGUUUGGUUUGGCCAUUGAAACCCUAGGCGAUGAUUUCAUGGAUGAGAAAUUGUUUAUUUCGUAUGCACGAUAUGAAACCAAAUUGAAAGAAUACGAACGUGCAAGAGCCAUAUAUAAAUAUGCCCUUGACAGGCUACCGCGCUCGAAAUCGAUUGCUCUGCACAAAGCUUACACAACAUUUGAAAAGCAAUUUGGUGAUCAAGCAGGCGUUGAAGAUGUGAUUCUUUCAAAACGAAGGGUUCAAUAUGAGGAGCAAGUGAAGGAAAACCCUAAAAACUAUGAUACCUGGUUCGAUUAUAUUCGAUUGGAAGAAACGUCUGGGAAUGUCGACCGAAUCCGGGAUCUUUAUGAACGAGCGAUUGCGCAAGUCCCACCAUCUCAGGAAAAGCGUCACUGGCGCCGAUAUAUCUAUCUGUGGAUAUUCUACGCUCUGUGGGAGGAAAUGGAAAACCGAGAUUUUGGACGGACUCGCCAAAUAUACCAAGAGUGUUUGAAGUUGAUUCCGCACAAGAAGUUCACUUUCGCCAAAAUCUGGCUUCUAAAAGCCCAAUUCGAAAUUCGACAAAUGGACAUCUCUGCGGCGAGGAAAACUCUUGGUCAUGCUGUCGGAGCUUGCCCGAAGGAUAAGUUGUUCAGGGGCUAUAUCGACUUAGAACGACAGCUGUUUGAAUUCGUACGGUGUCGAACACUCUUCCAAAAGCAAAUCCAGUGGAACCCGUCUCAAACGCAAGCUUGGAUAAAAUUUGCCGAGUUAGAGAGAGGAUUAGACGAUCUCGAUCAUUUCGAGGAAUACGAAGGCGAGUAUGACCGCACUCGAAAACUUUAUGAACGUUUACUUGAAAAGACAGACCAUGUCAAAGUCUGGAUCAACUAUGCGCGGUUUGAAAUCAACAUCCCGGAAAAUGAAGACGAAGAAGACGAGGAGAAGCCUGUCAGUGAAGAAGCAAAGUCGCGGGCUAGAAAGAUUUUCGAACGAGCGCAUCAAGUGAUGAAAGAGAAGGAGUUGAAGGAAGAUAGGGUGGCAUUGCUCAAUGCAUGGAAAUCUUUCGAGCACACUCAUGGCACACCAGCAGAUAUCGCAGCUGUCGAGAAACAAAUGCCGCGAAAGAUCAAAAAGAGACGCAAGCUCGAAGAAGACCGUUACGAGGAAUAUAUGGACUAUGUUUUCCCCGCCGACGAUGAGUCGACAGCAAGCCUAUCCAAGCUUUUGCAGAAGGCAUAUCAAUGGAAGCAGGACCAGGCGUAUGAACGAGGGGCAGAGGAGGAGCCAACCCCCUGGGGCGUUAGUCGGUUUCGGGCUUGUACCCUCCUUGCGGCGCCCGUUCGGACGAAGACCAAUGCGAUGGGACUCCCCAAACCGCCAUCCAGCCUUGAGGGCCAUUGCUCUAUAGUUUUCAACAAUACGCUCUAUGUUUAUACCCCUACAACUUUUAUGUCCCUACCGUUGGCACGAAAUGCCAGCUGGAGCAAGCUUCCAAUGGGCCAGUCGGUGGAGGGCGCUGCGUGUGUAAAGGGAAGUGCUGAUGGCGACCCCAAUAACCUCGCUCUUUAUCUUGUAGGCGGAAAGAGUAUGGCUCCCGAUUACCUUGGCCUUCAGCGAUACUCGUUUUUGGAUCAGAAGUGGGAGACCAUCUUGCCGGACACCAACGAUAUUCAAAAUCGUAUUGACCAUGCAUCGAUUUAUCUCAACGCCUCUGCUUCUCUUCUGGUGUACGCCGGAUCGCAGAAUGGAGAAACGAACCCAUCGACGCAAUCCUUCACGGUCUCCGUCACACCGCCAUAUCGCGUGCAGUCCUUUAACUCCUAUGUCCCCCCGGCGUUUCGUCCAAUCCUAUUACCCUGGAGCGAAGAUAAUGCUCUUAUGAUUGGUGGCUCCUCGCAAAAUACAAAGGCGUUUGCAUUCAGCGCCGCUCAAGGAUGGCAUGAUACAGGUGCUACUCUGGCCAAUCCUCUACCCGAAAUAUCCAAAGUACAGUGUGCAAUUCUUUUCGGUGCUGAUGGUAGCAGAAUCUUGGAAGUAUUCGAUAUGAGUAUAUCACCAAACUCAGUUAGCAGAUAUGCCAUGUUGAUGGCCGGAGGGGCCCCAGUCUCCCCUGCCCAACAGAUUGAGACUCGCCACAAUUUGAGCGCCAGGAAAAAAUCCACAAUUAGACGCCAAAAGCGAGGUGAUCCUCUCGACGCUCCUUCUAGUGAUAAUUUUACCCCUACGGCAACUCGCAAUGGGUUCUCACUCGCUCAAGAUGUGAAUUCGGGGCUAGUUGUGAUCUCUGGAGGGAAUCCAGAGGAGCCCUUGGCAAUAUUCAAUCAGUCUGCAAACAGUUGGGUCGACACCGAUGAAUUUUUUGCUCGAAGUACCAGCGUUGUUUCAUCUACAAGCACUCCGUUACCGUCACGCACUCUUGAUGUGCCCACGAACAAUAUAUCUACCACAUUGCCAGCAGAGACAUCUUCUACCCUCCAGUCAAACAACGACGACAGUUCAGGCAAGCGGACCUUGACCAUGAUCGGUGCAACACUAGGUGCACUUCUGGGCAUAGCUGCACUUCUGAUCGUCAUUUUAUUAUUACUUGGAUGGAGGAAGCGCAAAAACAAACGUGCAAAGCCCGAGAUAAACAACCGACUCUCGAAUGAUUCCAAUUUUGGUUUUCAUGAUCAGGGCAUGCAGCCCUUGACUCGUAACGUCCAGCCCAUGGCCCGAGGCCCCGUUCCAUCUGCACAUUCGUGGGCCAUGGUGACCGGCGAAGCAGGCGGGAGUUCUUCCAGGUCGCUCUUCACAUCGUUUACCGAAGUGCCUCCUGGAGACCUUAACAAAAAGCGGGACCCGUUGCAAACUAUCGAAACAGGCCAACCUCAUUCAAGUUCAGUAUCGAAACCCGAAGUUACAGGGGUAGCGAAAUCCACUAAUCACGAUCUCCGGUGUGAUCGGUUUACAGAUGAAGACUGGACUAAAUAUUUCUAUGGAAACCGUCCUAGCAAUGGACGAAACGAUGACGCGCUGCGAUCAACAGUUUCUUCCCAAGACACCAAGUCCGAUUAUCGAGAAAAUUCCUGGCCACACCCCCCCAAUGGACAGCCAUCUUUAAGUAUUGGGACGGUAGGACAUACUCAACCUUUGGGUGUUGUGACAUCUGGAAGCCCUAGCACGGAGCAUGUCCCAGAAUUUGAGACUUAUAUCGCCCAGCACGGCUUGAAGGCGAAAAUCUCGAGCGGAGACUCCAUUAGCAUUGCCUCGGAUGAAUCCUACGAUGAUAAGGCUGACAUGUCCUCAUCCCACAUGCCCCAUAAUACCGGUGAUGGUUUCAAUAUGAUCUCUCUCAGAACAUCGUUCGGGGAUAACAGAGUUGCAAGCAGCACUUAUUCUGCUAGUUUGUAUCAACCAAACGACUCAAACUCGUUUGUACUGUCAGGGGAACAGGACCGCCCACCAACGCUGUGGCCGCGCGACUCACCAAGGCUAAAACCUUCGGACCAACAAACACCUGGCGCCCAGCUGAGUUCUGAUAUAAGUUGGCUCAAUCUUGGCAAGCAUAAAUAA